UUUUGCCCUGGUUCUAUGGCUAUUUCAGUUCAAAGUUUUGAUUUUUUUUGUUUUUUCAUUUGGGAUUCUUGAAAUACUGAACAUUUAAGCAAAAGGGUAUUUUUCUUUUGAUGUGUUUUUGUGUGUAGGACUGAGAUUACAUAGAUAUGGCAUUCGAAGAUUCAUUCUUUUUUGUUGUGGGUCUGAUUUUUACUACCCAAAAAGUGCCCACAUCUGACUAGUUUUUAAUAAUUUCUAUUGCUUGAGCAACACUUUGUGAUCUGUGUCCCAACCCCAUAUGGCCAAGUUUUGAGCUUUUUUCAAGUUUUGGUUUUUUUUUGUUCCCUUUUACUUUGAUCUGGGGUUUUGAAUUUUUGGGUGUUUCUUGAAAUGUGGAAUUGUGGGCAUAUGAUUUGAGCUGUCAAGAUUGUUUACUUUUGUCUUUUGAAGUUUGAUUGAUUUGCUUUCUUGAAAAUUUUAACUGAUAUGGAAGAAGAUCAAGAUUUGAAGUUUGUGUGCAAGUUGUGUAACAAAAAGUUCCCUUGUGGUAAGUCAUUAGGGGGCCACAUUAGAUCUCAUGUACUUGCAAAUUCAACUGAAUUUGGGGAAAAUGGUGAAGCCAAUCUUGAAAAGUUGCAACCAAAAUUUGAUCUUGGUGGUCAUUCUGGUUAUGAACUAAGAGAGAAUCCCAAGAAAACUUGGAGGGCUGUUGAUUCAACUUAUUCCCCUUUGCCUCCUCAAGAAAGAGUUUGUCAGCAAUGUGGUAAAGUAUUUCAGUCACUGAAAGCUUUGUGUGGUCAUAUGGCUUGUCAUUCAGAGAAGUUAGUGAUGGAUAGUCAUUCAGAUACUGAAACUGAUGCGGAAGAGGAGGAGGAGCAAAAGCUGAGGACUAGAUCAUCAAAGACUAAAAGGUAUAAGAGAAUUGUAGUUAAGUCUUCUAAUGACUGUUUAGUGAAUAAUAAUAAUAUUAGUACUGUUAAUUAUGGUUCAUCAUCUGUUUCUGAGAUUGAAGAACAAGAUCAAGAGGAAGAUGUAGCCAAAUGUUUGAUGAUGUUGUCUAGGGAUUCAGGGAAUUGGAAUGGUGUUAAUUCAGUCGUUGAGUCUUCUGAUAAUAAUUCUGUUGUUUUGGAGACUAAAUCAUCCUCUACUGACAUGAGAUUUGGUAGAAAAGAUAGGCUGAAAUGUGUUUAUAAUCAAAAUGAAACACCGCGAAUCAAAAGAGGGGAAGAAAGGAACUUGAAACUUAGUGUUUUAGAUGUUGAAGCUGAAUCUGAGAGCUCUGAUUCUGGAUACUUCUUAGAUGAAAAUACGAUAGUUGAAUCGGAUAUAUCUGUUGAUGGAUUCCAUAGAAAUGGGAAUAGUAAAUGGAUCACCUCUCAAAUGAGCCAUGCUUUUUGGUAUGAUGAGUCUGGGAUUGAUAAGGGGAAGGGCUUAAACAGAACCAAGAAAUAUCCAACAGAGUUGAGGAAGGAUUUAACCGCGGAAUGUGAAUUUGAUGAUUAUCCAAUAGCUUCAUAUGCGGAUAAAUGUGAACCAAGAAAGAGGACAAAGGAUAGUUCUUAUCAUCCAGAAUUAGGGAAUAAGUCCUUUAAGAAGAUAAAACUCGGUCCCAAAAGUCCUGAAGGAUGCAAAACUAUUCAAAAGAAGAAGUAUCAGUGCUUGAACUGCAAGAAGAGUUUUAACUCUUAUCAGGCUCUUGGUGGACAUAGACCAUGUCAUAAAAAGACCAAUGCCUAUCUCGAGGCAAUAAAUGGAACUGGUGAAAGUAAUGUCGAUGCUAAUUAUGAUGACAAGCAUAGAGAGACAUUUAGCUGUAAAAAACCGGCUUCUGCUGCUGUUAAAGAUCUGUCUUACAAUCCUCCUGAGAAAAAGAUUAAGCCUAAGAAAUCCAAAGGGCAUGAAUGCCCAUUUUGUGACCGGGUUUUCAAGUCUGGUCAAGCUUUAGGUGGCCAUAAAAGGUCUCAUUUUAUUGUUGGAAAUGAGCAGAACAUGAAUCGAUCUUCACCAGUCAAGAAAGUUGACAAUUUACUUGAUCUUAAUCUUCCUGCUCCUGUUGAUGAUGAGGAUGAUGAGCAUACACACCUUGUGUCUUGGUAGUUGGUGAUAAACAAGGUUUCAAGAUGCACGAGCAUUUGGCAGCGAGCUCGUUUCCAGAUUGGCAGAGACAAUGCUAGAUAUGUAUAGGCAACUUGGCAGGCACAGUUGCUUCAUUCUUUUGAUACCAUAGAGGUAGUAGUUUCAUUCUUGCUGAUCAGUUGAAAAGAACCUCACAUUUCUGUCUGAUUUUGGCAUAUCCCAAGUAUAUGCUUCAAUAUUUGCUGGUUAAAAA